AGCAAAUAGUGAGUGUCGAAAGUUAUCUCUGGCUGCUUUCAUUUUCCCUUCAUUUACAGCUUCUGUUUCAUUCGUUUUAAAUUUUUAUAGAAUUUGUUGGAUGGGAAACAUUAGAUGAUUAUUUUGUGGUGUAAUUCCUUGUUCCAUGCCCUGUAAAUUCAUCUCAUCUUUUAAGCUCACAGGUAAUUUCAAGCGUCACUUGUCAGCCAUCUCAUCUAAUGCUCUUGCUCGAACUCCCAGAAAUGGUGAAGAACAUGGAGAAGACACAUGUAAUAAACCCUUCACGUCUUUUCCUGUUGGAGGUCUCAGAGCUUCAUUGGCGAGCUUUGGAGCGAACCAUGCCAAUGUAUCCCACUUAAGCGUUUUGUUUUGUUCAAACGUUUUGAGAAUUUCUGCAAAAAUGGGUUUCCUUCCUGAAGGAAAACAAGUCCAUUCGCAUAUCAUUAAGUUAGGAUAUGAUCCUAGACAGUCUCUGCAAAAUCAGCUUUUGGGUAUGUAUCUGAGAUGCAAAGUGUUUGCGGAUGCGUGCAGGUUGUUCGAUGAAAUGGGUGAAAGAAAUGUUGUGUCUUGGAAUACAAUGAUAUCUGCGGCAGUUGGCUGUGGUAGAAGUUUUCAGUCAACCCACAAUCUAGGUUUGUUAUAUUUCAAGAAAAUGCUUGUAGAGAUGGUGGAGCCUAACUAUAUUACUUUUAUUGGUUUGCUCCGCAUCAGCAUUGAGCCAAAUGACAUUGAGAUUGGGAAACAGUUGCAUUGCUUUAUAAUCAAAUCAAAUUUAGAUUUGAAUUGUUUUGUUGGAAGUGCGCUUAUUGAUAUCUAUUCAAAGUGUAGUUUAGUGGAAGAUGCACAACGGGUAUUCGAUAAGAUUCUUAUUAGAGAUAUGGUCUUGUGGAAUGUGAUGGUUUCCUGCUAUGCAUAUAACAGAUUGACGAAAGAGGCCUUUGGAGUCUUUCAGCUGAUGAGGUCUGAAGGUGUAAAUGGGGAUGACUUUACUUUUAGUAGUCUUUUAAAUUCUUGUGGUGUUUUGGGCACUUGUGAAUUGGGGAGGCAGGUACAUGGUCUUAUAUUUAGGCUCUCCUUUGAUGUGGAUGUUCUUGUGGCUAGUGCACUUGUUAACAUGUAUGCAAAGAACGAAUUUAUAGUGGAUGCUCGCAGGGCUUUUGAUGGAAUGAUUACCCGCAAUGUUGUUUCUUGGACCACUAUGAUUGUGGGUUAUGGACAGAUUGGUGAUGGAAGGGAAGCUAUGAAACUUCUCAAGAAUAUGAUUCAACAAGGAUUUGUGCCAGAUGAGCUUACAUGGGCUAGCAUCCUCAGCUCAUGUGCCAGUCUGCCUGCAACCAUUGAAAUCGUCCAAGCUCAUGCCCAUGUAGUGAAGAAUGGGUUGGAGGCCUUCUCGUCAAUUGCAAAUGCCCUCAUUAACGCAUACUCCAAGUGCGGUAUUAUUACCAGUGCAUUUCAGUGUUUUAAUUCAAUUGCAGACCCAGACAUUGUUACAUGGACUUCUAUGAUUGGUGCUUGUGCAUUUCAUGGUCUUUUCACAGAAGCUAUAGAAAUUUUUGAGGAGAUGAUGGCCAAAGGUUUGAAGCUUGAUCCAAUUGCAUUCCUUGGGGUCCUCUCUGCUUGUAGCCAUGGAGGCCGAGUAGAAGAAGGACUCCACUACUUUACCUCAAUGACCAAGGACCAUGAAAUUGUGCCAGAUUCAGAACAUUAUACUUGUCUCAUUGACCUUCUUGGAAGAGCUGGUCAUCUAAGUGAAGCAUUUAAUGUGUUGACUAAAAUGCCCGUUGAACCUGGUUCAAAUGCCUUGGCAGCAUUUAUUGGAGCCUGUAAGGCCCAGGGAAACUUGGAAUUAGCAAAGUGGGCAGCAGAGCGACUUUUCCAUUUAGAGCCAAAUGAGUCUGUAAAUUAUACACUCAUGUCUAACCUCUAUGCCUCCACAGGACAUUGGGUCGAUGUGGCAAGAGUACGCAAAAUUAUGAGAGGCAGGUGUGACUAUAAAGUCCCUGGUUGUAGCUGGAUGGAAAUUUCUGGUGUGGUUCAUACAUUUGUAUCAUGUGACAGAUCUCACCCUCAAGCUUCAGAGUUGUAUGAUAUUCUGGGAACGUUGUUUAGGCUAAUGAAGGUGGAACACUAUAUGCCUGAUGUGGAUUUUCUGGUUCACCCUGUUGAAGAUGAUUCUGUAAUAAGCUUUCUUAGCUAGUUUCAGGCCUUGUUUUGACAAGCUCCAUCAGUGGUGGUUGUCUCAUGGGAUCAGCUCUGUUUUUCAUGGAGAGAUUUCUGGCUAUAUGGUUUUAUGAGGGUUUCCUUCCUCAAAUGUGUCGGGGUUAGAUCGUGGUUGCCUCUUGGAGACAUGCUCUGCUUCACGAUCAGGGUAAGAACUAAGAACUGCAAAGGCUUACAUAUUUUUUAUUUUAUUUUAUUUUAUUGGGGAAAAAUAAGCAAGACGUCAAAGUGCAGAUUCCAAGCCAAAUCCGUGUGGGACUUGGCAUAUUGAGAUUUGAAGCUCUCUCUCUCUCUCUAACCCAGGGCCCAUGCGAAUGAUAACGUUUGCUACACUGCCAUUGGUGUGGCAUGCAGAUUCCUCCCCACACUGGUGUUAUUAAUAGCUGUAAGAUGAUUUUUGUGGGUUUUCACACUAUUGUUAUUUGAAAAUUUUAAUUCUUUAUGGGCCUUCAAUCUCAACAGUACAUGUCCCUUCUUGUAGAACUUUCAUUUUGACCUAAUGGGCUUGAAUUUCUUUGAUUAAUAAAUAUUAUGCUGCACCUAACUUAGCUUCACUUGAACUCUGUGAUGGCCUGCCCUGUUUCAGAUUGCAGGCUAGAGAUUGCACGAAGACUUCCUCCUCAAUACACAACAAAGUGGAUCAGACAUAUGGUUUGCAAGUUAACCUAGAAGAACCUUCGCAAUAUUUAUUUAUUUUAUUUUUAUUUUUAUUAUUAUUAUUUAAUGUACAGAUUUUCUUAGAGACAUUCACAUUGUCUUUAUCAACAUAAGAGCUAGAAUCUAGUGGUGGAAGGGCCUAAAUGUCUAUGGCAUAUGUGUGCAGAGACAUGCGUAUAGGAGUGGUAAUUGGUGUUUUGGAGGCCUUGAGUUCAAUCUGAUGACUAACCAAAAUAUUGCAUAAAACAUCUUACCCAUGUUCAUGCGCA